CCUCCGACUCCGAAAGGUUGACAAUCUCUGCCCACGCUGCCUCCUCGCGAAAGUACAUCUCCAGAGCCUCUUCAAUGUUUGGCAUGUUACAGAUUUUACUGCUGACACCAGCUUGGAGGUGAUAUGUGGCUCUUGACAGCUCUGCUCCUUUGGGUUCCAGUUGGUGGGCGAGUGGACCCCACAAAGGCAGUGAUCACUUUGCAGCCUCCGUGGGUAAGUGUGUUCCAAGAUGAAAAAGUCACCUUAUUAUGUGAGGGGCCUCAACAGUCUGGGGACAACUCCACACAGUGGUUUCUCAAUGGUACAGCCAUUCAGACCUCAACCUCCAGGUACAGCAUCACUGCAGCAAGUAUCAAUGAUAGUGGUGAAUACAGGUGCCAGACAAGUCUCUCAAUGCCAAGUGACCCUGUACAGCUGGACAUCCACAGAGAUUGGCUGCUACUCCAGACCUCUAGCAGAGUCUUCACCGAAGGAAAGCCUCUGACUCUGAGGUGUCAUGCAUGGAAGAAUAAGCUGAUAUACAAUGUGCUUUUCUACCAAAAUGGCAAAACCUUUAAGUUUUCUCCUUGGAAUUCUGAACUUACCAUUCAGAAAACGAACAUGAGUCACAAUGGCAUCUAUCACUGCUCAGGCAUGGGAAGACAUCGCUACACAUCAGCAGGAGUAUCUGUCACUGUGAAAGAGCUAUUUUCAGUUCCUGUGCUGACAGCAUCCUCAUCAUUCCCCCUCCUAGAGGGGGAACUGGUCACCCUGAGCUGUGAAACAAAGCUUCUCCCAGAGAGGGCUGACUUGCAGCUUUACUUCUCCUUCUACAUGGGCAGCAAGACUCUGAGCGACAGGAACACAUCCUCAGAGUACCAGAUAUUAACUGCUAGAAGAGAAGAUUCUGGCUUAUACUGGUGUGAGGCAGUCACAGAAGAUGGAAACAUACUUAAGCGCAGCCCUGAGUUGGAGCUUCAAGUGCUUGGACUUCAGUCAUCAACUCCUGUCUGGUUUAACAUCCUUUUCUACCUCUCAGUGGGAAUAAUAUUUUUGGUGAACACUGUUCUCUGUAUAACAAUUCAUAAAGAACUGCAAAGAAAGAAAAAGUGGAAUUUAGAAAUUUCUUUGACUUCAGAUUAUAGGAAGAAAGUAAAUUCCUACCUUCAAAAAGAUAGAGAUUUAGAAGAAGAGGUGAAGUGUCUGGAACAAGAAGAACAGCCUCAAGAAAGAGAACACCAAAAGAAUCCCUAAGAAGGAGAGCAGUGGCAACUCAGUGAUGGCCAUACAUCUGGACUGUCCCUGCCCCUUCCUCUCUAUGGGAGCACUGAGGCACAAACUUUCAAAAGUUGAAGGACACUAGAACUGUGGGUCCCAUAACAUAUUACUGUUAAAUAAAGCAAAUACAUGAACUGA